UUCACAUGACUAGUUCACACGCACCUUUUCCUAUAUAGACUAUAAUAUUCAACUCAGCUGUGUUCAGUUAUCAAAGAACAAUGGCUCGUGUUGGAACUUCAGUAUUAAUACUAGUACUUUACCUCGGACUAUCAGAGGCUGCUGAGCCUGUUGAUAAAGCCUGUCCAUUCAAGCCAGCUGAUCUGAUAUUUGUUCUGGAUGGUUCCGGAAGCGAGGGGUCAGCCAAUUUUAACCGUCAACUACACUUUGUCUCAAACUUCACCAAACAGUUCGAGGUUGGGCCAAACAACACCCGAGUCGCUCUUGUUUCGUUCGGCACUACUGUCCAUAAUGAGUUCUAUUUGAAUCAGUACAUGGACAAUGCGACUGUUCUGAACCAUAUCAACCAUGCAAAGUAUCCUGACGGGGAAACAAAUACACAUCUAGCCUUACAGUUUGUGAGAACAAAGACUUUAUCAUCGGCACAUAAUGGUAACAGAAAUUCUAGUAAAAUCAUCAUUGUGUUGACGGACGGGGAGUCCUUGGAGCCGGAGAAAACAAAAGCUGAAGCUGCAUUACUCAAGCGAGAUCCUAGGGUGACAAUUAUUGCUAUUGGUAUCGGAAGUCAUGUGGAUCCUACAGAGUUGUCUAACAUAGCAAGUGAUGGUAACCAUACAUUCCGAGUUGCCUCGUUCGAAGCCCUGAAUACCAUAGAACAUGACCUUACCACCGAAACCUGCAACGGUAAAUUUAUAUAUUUUGGUCAGAAUUACUCAUUUUCACUUUCUGACUCGGCUAAAUAUUCCUGGGAUAGUGUCCGAGGUAUUAUUGAGUUCUAUGGUAAUGAUACAGGCAACUUCAGCCUUGUUGCCGGUCCAGGAAACUACAAUGACCCGGAUAUGAUCAUAGUAGGGGACUAUGGACUGAGUUAUGACCAGCAGCGUGUUCAGAUGGCCAUGUGGGCCAUCAUGUCAGCUCCUCUGUUGAUGUCCAUAGAUCUCAGGAAUGUAAAACCGGAAGCAAAGGCAUUGUUACAGAAUGAUUAUCUCAUCAGGGUGAAUCAAGACUCCCACGGAACACAGGGGAAAAGAAUAAUGAAGAACGGUGCAAUGGAAGUUUGGACUAAAAACUUAGGUUUCGAUGACAAAGGAAUGGCAUUUGCUUUUCUGAAUUUAAAUGAUGGCGGCGCUCCUUUUGAAGUAAGCAUGCCACUGUACCAGCUAGGUUUGAAUGAAGCAGAAGGUUACAACAUGACGGAAGGUUUCACGGGAAAGUUUAUCGGAGUUCUGAAACCCCACGAUAUCAUUAAUGCCAGUGUAGAUCCUUCAGGUGUGUGGAUGGGAAUUGCUUAUUUCGACUGUUAAUGGUCAUGAAAGUUUAAUCAUAACUUUUUAUCACUCAAAGGCAUGUACGUAUACUGUUAUCAAGGAUCACCAGUAUCACAUUUCUUAAUAUGAAACCAAGGAUCCCUGUGAUCACAUGACAGAACUAUGUCAGUGCUUGUAAACCAGUUGGUUUGCUUGAAAACGGCGUUUUUAUGUUUUUCAAAGAAUAGUAGAUAUCUAUAAUGUGCAAUUUUGUUAAAUUUUCAGAUCAUGUAAAUAUAUUUGAAAAAAAAUA